AUACCUGUUCGUGUGUUGUUUUCCAUACAAAUAAGUUACUUUUUGCCGCCAGCAGUAACAACAGUUUAUGCUAAAAUGGUAGCUACAAUGUUGUUGUAAAAUUAAUUGCCAAGCUAAAGCUUAUGAUAAAGAAACCAUAGCGCUACUGUAGCUAUCUGCAUUUUAACAAGCAGUUACCAUUGCUUGCACUGUUCACAGUGCACAUCAUAUAAUCAUUAUAAACAUAGGUAAUCCAAUUGAACAGCGGUGCAUAUUGCACUGCUCCUGCAGGCUUCGCUGCAGUCAAUUACUACUACUGCUACUACUACUACUACCACUACUAAUGAGCCUCUCCAUCAUUACUACUGCUGCUACCGUUGGACUGGUGAAGUUGCUGCGGCUGCUGCUGUCGCCGCUGCUGCUGUUGUUGCUCUGACGAAAGCUAACGCGAGUAUUGCAACUUUUAUUUAUUUUAAAUAGUUUAUACGGCUUUAUACUCCUGGUGCAUACACAUACGAAACGGUACUCUCCAUUUACUCCCCCCCCGUGCAUCUUCAGCUUGAGGGUGAAACAAAAGUACACAAUUAUACACAAUUAACCAUGAUUUACGUGUUCGGUUCCAACGUCGGAUUUCUUUGCACGAUACUCAUCGCCUUCAUUACAACAAUAAACGCUGUGCAAGGAAUGAUACAAUGCUCUCGCUGUGACUCAAGAAGAGAUAAAUAUUACGGCGAAUGCGAACAGUCACCACCUCCUCCGACCCCUUGCCCGAAAAAUAGUAAUUCACUCUACUGUUCUAUAGUCAGAGAAACAGACCUUGGUGGUAUGCAGCUUCGUUUUGCAAGAGAUUGUAUUUCGAUGUACGUGGAAGAAAAAUGCAUUGUGAAAAAUGUGACUGCUAGCCGUAAAAAAACAUCUUGCAUUCGAACCUGUGACGUGGAUGGCUGCAAUGGAGAAGGAUUAAAACUACGAGGUGGUUCAUCACAGCACUGCGCAUCGUUUGUCUUGAUUUUCUUAACUAUAAUUUUAAUAAAUGCUUAAACAAUA